AUGGCGCCGCAGGCUAUCCAACUCCCAGACUCUCCUCCGCUGGACCCUCGGCAGACUCAAGGUCUGCUCAGUCCAUGGCACGCUCCUCGCUACAGCCUCUCUGGCGAGGACUCCUCUCCUUACUCCCAGAGCCCGACCAUGCAAUAUAGGGACCGCCUGAUCAAUACCGCCGAGAAGUUGCACCGCCGUUUCAUGCGCGUCUGGAAUGGCUUCUCGCUGCUCCAGAAGAUACUUGCGGUCAUAGUUAUCAUUACGCUGAACGUUCUGACGCUGCUGUUCCUCAUCUUCAGCGAGAAGAUCUUCGCAUUUUUAGGCCCGCUGGCGCAGCGAUGGAAGAACACACCAGGAGGCUGGAUCAUCCUAUGGCUCAUCACUUUUUGCACAGCUUUCCCACCCGUGAUCGGCUACGGAACCUGCGGAACGACCGCUGGAUUUGUCUAUGGCGCGUGGGAGGGUUGGCUGAUCCUGGCGACAGCGACAGUGGCCGGGUCUUUCUGCUCCUUCAUAGUCUCCAGGACGAUCCUCAAGAGCUAUGUUGAACGGAUGGUCGCCCACGACAAGCGCUUCGCGGCACUGACCUUGACGCUGAAGCAAGACGGACUCAAGCUGCUAUGCAUGAUCCGGCUGUGCCCGCUUCCCUAUUCAUUAUCCAACGGCGCCAUGUCGACCUUUCCCACGGUGCACCCAGCCAUGUAUGCCGCAGCAACCGCUCUGAUCACGCCCAAGCUCCUCAUUCAUACCUUUAUUGGAAGCCGUCUGGCGGCCAUUGCGAAUUCUGAUGAGGAAAUGAGUGCAGGCACCAAGGCCCUCAAUUGGAUUAGUAUCGCCUUCUUUGGAAUUGUUGGGGCGAGUGUUGGAUACUACAUCUACCAGAAGACUAUGGCGCGAGCCAGAGAGCUUGAAGCCGAGGAAGCAGCCGCUGUGCACGACUCGGUGCGCCGAACGGGCGCUCCGCCCAAGCAGUUUACGGAUGACCCAGAAGCACAGGAGGCCGCACAGAUGCUGGCCGAGGAAGACACUAUGGACUACUUUGAUGAGGACCCCGCCUCAAACGACACGAGACAAUAUAGAGAUGAAUCUACGGAUGAUGAGGAUCCCUUUAGACGUGGCGAUGGGCCGGAUGAAGAACAAAGCAUUGGCUUGCAGCGCAAAUAG